UUUUUUCUUAAGGAAAAUAAUUCUAUGGAGUGUCUAAAUGAAUUGGCUAAUAUUUUUGAAUUAAAUGAGAAUAUGGGUGAAAUAUUGGUUGAUGCUGCUGAACUUCUUUGUACACGUUUUCCGAGUCCAGAAAUGCUUAAACCUUUGUUGACUUUACAUUUACUUAUUUCCAAAUCAAAUUCAACACUUCAAACAAAAAUUCCCCAUUUACUUUCUCUUUUAGAAAGUGAAUUAAAUAAUGGAGAACAAGUAUUAAAUAAUCUUCCAAAUAAUUUAUCCUCAACAGAAUUAAUAAAUAAUUUUCUACACAGACAUGUCUCCAAUCGUUUAAAUACUUUUAAUUGGCAAAAUAUUUAUUUAAAAAUGGCUAAUUUAGAAAUUAAAAAUUUAGAAAAACUUUUGGAAGAAAAAUUAAAUAAAAAAAGAUUUAAAUUGGAUGAAAAUAAUAUUUGUAUUUUUUGUGAAAGAAAUUUAUUAAAUAUUGUUGGAGAAGAAGAAUUUGUUUAUAUACCUAAUAAUAAUGAAGAUGUUGGUGGAGGACAAUUUGCACAUUUGAGGUGUUUUAGAGCUAGAAAAGAAAGAGCUUUACUUGAUUAA